AUGGUGAACCCGUGCGAACGUCGCUCGAUAGCGUGCAUACUGCUCGCGAUCACUGCAGUAGUCGCUGCCGCCAGCUAUGACCGCGAGAGGCUUGAGAUAGCCAAGCAGAUACUUGAGGAAGUGCCGCUUACUGAUGGGAUGGUGAACCCGUGCGAACGUCGCUCGGUAGCGUGCAUACUGCUCGCGAUCACUGCAGUAGUCGCUGCCGCUAGCUAUGACCGCGAGAGGCUUGAGAUAGCCAAGCAGAUACUUGAGGAAGUGCCGCUUACUGAUGGGAUGGUGAACCCGUGCGAACGUCGCUCGGUAGCGUGCAUACUGCUCGCGAUCACUGCAGUAGUCGCUGCCGCCAGCUAUGACCGCGAGAGGCUUGAGAUAGCCAAGCAGAUACUUGAGGAAGUGCCGCUUACUGAUGGGAUGGUGAACCCGUGCGAACGUCGCUCGGUAGCGUGCAUACUGCUCGCGAUCACUGCAGUAGUCGCUGCCGCUAGCUAUGACCGCGAGAGGCUUGAGAUAGCCAAGCAGAUACUUGAGGAAGUGCCGCUUACUGAUGGGAUGGUGAACCCGUGCGAACGUCGCUCGGUAGCGUGCAUACUGCUCGCGAUCACUGCAGUAGUCGCUGCCGCCAGCUAUGACCGCGAGAGGCUUGAGAUAGCCAAGCAGAUACUUGAGGAAGUGCCGCUUACUGAUGGGAUGGUGAACCCGUGCGAACGUCGCUCGGUAGCGUGCAUACUGCUCGCGAUCACUGCAGUAGUCGCUGCCGCCAGCUAUGACCGCGAGAGGCUUGAGAUAGCCAAGCAGAUACUUGAGGAAGUGCCGCUUACUGAUGGACGUCGCUCGAUAGCGUGCAUACUGCUCGCGAUCACUGCAGUAGUCGCUGCCGCUAGCUAUGACCACGAGAGGCUUGAGAUAGCCAAGCAGAUACUUGAGGAAGUGCCGCUUACUGAUGGGCACAACGACCUGCCCUGGAACAUCCGCAAGUUCCUACGGAACCAGAUCAACGAGUUCGAGCUAGAUACCGACCUCACGCGCGUGGAACCCUGGUCCAAGUCCAAAUACUCACACACAGACUUGCCGAGACUGCGCGAGGGAAUGGUCGGGGCUCAGUUCUGGUCAGCCUUCGUGCCCUGCGCCACGCAGAACCGCGACGCCGUGCAGCUGACGCUCGAACAGAUUGACGUCAUCCGUCGUCUCGUCGACAAGUACCCGCAGUACUUCCAGCUCGCUACUUCUGUCACUGACAUCCUUCAAGCGCACAGCGCUAGACCACGCAAGAUCGCCUCCCUCAUCGGCAUCGAAGGCGGGCACUCCAUCGGCAACUCCCUGGGUGUUCUCCGUAGCUACUACCAGCUCGGUGUGCGCUACAUGACCCUGACACACACCUGCAACACGCCUUGGGCCGACUCCUCGAACGAGGCUCCAGCCGUGAAUGGACUCACCGAAUUCGGAGAGAAAGUGGUGAAAGAGAUGAACCGGCUCGGCAUGCUAGUGGACCUGUCACACGUGGGUGAAAACACGACCCGGGCUGCGAUCAAACUGUCAAAGGCCCCUGUCAUUUUCAGUCAUUCCUCUGUGUACAGUCUCUGCGCGCAUAAGAGGAACGUACCGACUGACAUCAUUCACUCUUUGAAAGAAAACGGCGGUAUUAUAAUGGUGAACUUCUUCCCUGACUUCGUUAAGUGCGCACCCAACGCCACACUAUCCGACGUCGCUGAGCACUUCCACUACAUCAAGCGCGUCAUCGGGGCGGACUAUGUCGGCAUCGGGGGAGAUUUCGACGGCGUCAACAGGGUCCCACGCGGCCUCGAAGACGUGUCCAAGUACCCGGAGCUGUUCGCCGAACUCCUGCGCAGCGGACAAUGGAGCGUCCAGGAGCUGAAGAACCUGGCCGGGCUUAACAUGCUGAGGGUCAUGCGCCAAGUUGAGAAGGUCCGCGACGAGCUGCGCACGAACGGCGCGGAGCCCGAGGAACACCCCGAUUCGCCCAAUGACAACGGCAACUGCACAAGCAACGCCUUCUACACCGAGUACGUGUAGGCCUCUAGGCCUCCCAAGAAAACAACUUAUUCAGAAGCAUCAAUAGCUCUUAAAACCAUUUCUGACAGAUUGUUUAAUCAUUUUACACCGAAUUUGUGUAGGCCUCUAGGCCUCCCAACAAGCCAACAAAU